CACAUUUUUCUUUAGAACAGUGACAAAAAAAACCAUUGCCCUCCUUUGACCAUGGACUAUAAAAGUUAAGCUUCUGUCACGCACUGUUUACUCGUUACAGAAACGCAGAGCUCAAAGCCCUCGAGGAAACGAUGAGCGUUGGUUUAUCGGUUAGGACAGGAAAACCACGCUGUCUCGCCGGGUUUGUUCCAGGCCACUGACCCAAUAAGAAGCCUUCGUCUCUUGCGGUUCUGGCUGCCUGACAGAUCAAACCUCCUUGUGUCACAGUGUAUUCGUUCCCCAUGGAGUCAAGGACAUAAUGUGAUGCAUCUUGAUCCCUGACUGACUGAUUGACUUACACCGAGGCCACCAUGCAGGUGUGCCAUACUGGACUUUGUCUGCCUGUCUACGUCAUUACCUUUGUGCUGGGCUUCCCAGCCAACGUCCUCGCCUUCUAUACCUUCUGCAAGAAAGUGAGGCAGAAACCCACCCCGAUUGAUAUCCUGCUCCUCAACCUGACCAUCUCUGACCUCCUCUUCCUCCUCUUCCUGCCCUUCAAGAUGCAGGAAGUGAUAAACAACAUGCGGUGGGACUUGCCCUACGCCCUCUGCCCGCUGUCUGGCUUCAUCUUCUACAUGACCAUCUACAACAGCACCUUCUUCCUCACUGCGGUCAGCGUAGAGCGCUACCUGGGCGUCGCUUUCCCCAUCCAGCACACCCUGAAGCGGCGACCCGUGUAUGCUGUCGCCGCAAGCAUCUUCUUCUGGAUUUUCUGCUUCAUCCACCUGAGCAUUGUGUUCAUCGUGCCCUUUAUCGGCACAGAGGACUCGCCGAAUACCACCUCAAGCCACAACGUCUCAGCUAGCUCUGCCGUUGGUGACGCAAAGAUGGAGGUGUGUUAUGCGAAUUUCACAGAGGCUCAGCUGAAGGUCCUCCUGCCUGUGCGUCUGGAGCUCUGCGUGGUACUUUUCUGCAUCCCUUUCCUGAUAAGCAGUUUCUGCUACAUCAACUUCAUCAGGAUUCUAUCCAAGCUGCAGCACAUUGACCGGCGCCGGCGCCUCCGGGCCAUUGGCAUGGCUUUAGGAACACUGCUGGUGUUCGCUUUAUGUUUUGGCCCCUAUAACAUGUCGCACAUUAUCGGAUUUAUUACAUGGAAAAGUCCCGACUGGAGAGACAAAGCCCUGCUGUGCAGCACCUUUAAUGCUUGUCUCGACCCUCUUAUUUUCUACUUCUCUUCCUCUGCUGUGAGAAAGACUGUGGGUAGUGUGAUGGAAGGGGUUAAGAGUCGCCUAAACAGGUGCAUGUCCUGUCACAUGCUCUGGGCCUCGAGGGGUGGGAUUAACAAGACUGCAAAAGAUAAGGAACACAAACAAGAGGAGAUCAAUGCUAUCUAAGCUGACUGAAAGGAAGCUGUGAGCAGCUGCCUUCCUAAAUUUGUUAUUCCUUUAUCCCCGGAAGCAGGAAAUUAAUGGCAUGUUUAUUUGUUUACACGUGAGCAAAUGACUUGGCAUACUGCAUACAGUGCAGCACGUCUCUGUUUGACUCUCUGAUGAACUUUCUACGAGACAAGAGAGGAAACCUUCAGUCCGUCUGAGCAGGUCACAGCAGUGUAAUGAGAAUGGCACAGAGACAGGCUACUUUGAAUCGCCAUAAAAUUAAAGACAUUUCUCCGUUAACAGCAGGAUUUCCUAAGAUCUCCAUUAAUGCAGUCAGUGUUGUGGAGCAUAAAAACGAAUAUCGUACCAACAGCUGCGGACAUCAGCUCUAAGCACUAAGAGAAGUUUGUUUUUCUAACAGCUUUGACCAUGAACAGGCUAUGUCAUCUGAUGCAACACCACACUCAUUAUGCGGGGGUGAUGUGGUAAAAAAAAAAAGAGAACUGAAGUGUGAGAUCUUAAAGAAGAUUCAAGCGUGUUGUGACCUUGUACACCCUUACAAACACAUUCAUGUAGCUAAUAUACAGCUUACAGCUUUUUGUGCAAACUUAUAUAUUUGUGUAUUUUGUAUUUUGCCUCACAUGGCUUUUUCGUGCAGAUUUUAGUUUACAUGAUUUUAUAUUCAUACUAUGAUUUCAUUAUAUGGCCAUAUUUAAAUCAUAUGUGAUACUAAAGUAGCAUGUAUGUAUGAAUGUAUGUAUGAAUACAUGUCAGAUACAUCGAAGAGCUGCAUGACAGGGGUUGUAAUUAUGUAAGACAAAACAGAAAUACUAUUUUCAUACGCAAAUCAUAUAAACGUGUACAGUAUAUUUUGAAUAAUGUAUGACUCAUAGAUUCUUUUGUAUCUAUGUAUAAUAUUAAUGAUUUGUUUUUUAAGGGUAAGUGACGAAUGUGAACAUGUACAUGCAAGUAAACAUCUAAUGCAUUACAAAAAUGUACAUGUGAUCACCAUAUCAGUCAUGUGUACAAUAUAUACCUUUUAGAUAUGCAUACUGU